UUUUAUUUUCCUCAACAUGUAGAGGAAAGAUUAACAAAUGUCUAAUUAUGUACGGGAGGGUGCUGGGCGCUUUUUCUGUUUAUUAAUUGACACUUCGACGGCUGGGUGUGAAUAACCGAGUGGGCUGGCUCUUUCUCACCGAUGCGGCUGGGCAGGGGCUUUUCUCACACACAAGGACGGGUCUCCCAGGGGCCCAGGGCACUACAUUCGUGGACUCUGGAGACAGGACAGGAAACUGGAGCCAUGGUUUCUCCCACGACCUUUCAAGCAAAAGUUUAGGACUCUGACGGGCCAGGGGCACUCUGCUCUUGUCCCACACUCACAUCCGCUUGGACAAGUCCUGUCUCUGCUCCUAGCUCUCCGGCAUCUCUCUGGCUGCCCUGCUGCUUCCUCCAGGUGAGUUUCCAAAUAGACUGUUGCCCGGGUGCCAAAAAGCAUGAGUUUCUGACCAGUAUUCUGGACGCGCUGUCCACUGACAUGGUCCACGCUGUCUCCGACCCCUCCUCCUCGUCAGGCAGGCUCUCGGAACCCGACCCCAGCCACACUCUAGAGGAGCGCGUGGUGCACUGGUACUUCAAACUCCUCGACAAAAACUCCAGUGGAGACAUCGGCAAAAAGGAAAUCAAACCCUUCAAGAGGUUCCUUCGCAAAAAAUCAAAGCCCAAAAAAUGCGUGAAGAAGUUUGUUGAAUACUGUGAUGUGAAGAAUGACAGAUCCAUCUCGGUACAAGAACUGAUGGGCUGCCUGGGCGUGGCUAAAGAGGACGGCAAAGCAGACACCAAGAAGCGCCACACCCCCAGAGGUAAUGCUGAAAGUACAUCUAAUAGACAGCCAAGGAAACAAGGAUAAAUGGCUCCCACAGCGAAGGCAGUUCCUAGACACGUGGGAAAUUCCCUCACCAACGAGCAAUUAAGAAAACAAAAACAGAAACACAUAGUAUUUGCACUUUGUACUUUAAAUGUAAAUUCACUUUGUAGAAAUGAGAUAUUUAAACAGACUGUUUUAAUCUGUGAAAAUGGAGAGCUGGCUUCAGAAAAUUAAUCACAUACAAUGUAUGUGUCCUCCUUUGACCUUGGAAAUCUGUAUGUGGUAGAGAUGUAUUUGAAUGCAUUUAGGCUUAAUUUCUUCGCCUUCCACAUGUUAACAGUAGAGCUCUAGGCACUCUGGUUGCAAUCCUAUGGCUUCCCUAACCCCUGCAGUCACUUCCAGACGGCUGUGCUUACAGCAUUGCGGAAUCAUGUUGGAAGCUCCACAUUUCCGUGGAAGGUUGUGAUGUACGGUUGACCCUUCAGGCAGUUAACAUGCACGGGCUGGUUUGUUUCUUGGGAUUUUCUGUUAGUUUGUCUUGUUUUGCUUUCCAGAGAUCUUGCUCGUACAAUGAAUCGCGCAACCACUAAA